GGCCAUUCGCAGAAGACGCACACACAGAAAGACGCACCACAAGUGCCGGCGCAGCACCGAUUUGUUUACACCAAAUAAAGGACAAUAACCACCAUGCGCGACGAGAUCCUGGACCCCAGCAACCUGGUCAAGAACCGGGAGAUACUCUACCGCCUGAUGAUCAGCCAACUGAUGUACGACGGCCUGGAGAAGUUCGCCAUGGAGCUGUCCAUGCUGGUGAAGGCGGACCAGUGCGCGCCCAGUGAGCGGCUGCUGCACGUGAUGAUCGCCGGCAUGCAGACGCUGAGCGACAAGGACAAAGCCCACUCGGACGACGUGCUGCCGGGCAUUGACCUGGAGUUCGAGCCGGAGGCGUCGGCCUUGGCGCCGGAGCCGCACUCCUACGAGACCGCCUAUGUGACGUCGCACAAGCAGGCCUGCCGUGCGGGAGCCUUCAGUUGCGACGGCUCCCUGGUGGCCACCGGCAGUGUGGACGCCAGCAUCAAGAUCCUGGACGUGGAACGCAUGCUGGCCAAGUCGGCGCCCGAGGAUAUAGAGCCCGGGCGCGAGCAGCAGGGUCACCCGGUCAUACGCACGCUGUACGACCACACUGACGAGGUGUCCUAUCUGGAGUUCCAUCCCAAGGAGCACAUUCUGGCCUCGGCUUCGCGCGACGGCACGGUCAAGCUGUUUGACAUCGCUAAGCCGUCGGUGAAGAAGGCCCACAAGGUGUUCACCGACUGCGAGCCGGUGCUGUGCCUCUCCUUCCAUCCCACCGGUGACUACAUAGCCAUUGGGACGGAGCACAACGUCCUGCGCGUGUACGACGUGCACACCACGCAGUGCUUUGUCAGCGCGAUUCCCUCGCAGCAGCACAAGGCGGGCGUGACCUGCGUGAAGUACUCGCCCACGGCCAAGCUGUAUGCCACGGGCAGCUAUGAUGGCGACAUCAAGAUCUGGGACGGCAUUAGCGGGCGUUGCAUCAACACCAUAGCAGAGGCGCAUGGCGGAGCGGCCAUCUGCUCGCUUGAGUUUACGCGGAAUGGAAAGUACCUCCUCUCCUCCGGCAUGGAUUCCCUGGUUUACCUGUGGGAACUGUGCACCAGCCGUCCCAUACAGACGUACACGGGUGCCGGCACCACUGGCAAGCAGGAGCACCAAACGGAAGCCGUGUUUAACCACACCGAGGAUUACGUACUCUUCCCGGACGAGGCCACCACGUCGCUGUGCUCCUGGAAUUCACGAAAUGGCUGCCGUUUGACGCUCAACUCUCUGGGGCACAACGGGCCUGUGCGUUACAUCACCCACUCGCCGAAUGCACCUGCUUUCCUCACCUGCUCCGAUGACUUUCGGGCUCGGUUCUGGUACCGCAGGGCCAAUAAUCAGUAGAUUUAGAGCUUAAGAUGUCAGCAGCUAAAUGCAAUAAAUGUCUAGGAGCCUAAAGUCGAGAGUUAAGUAAAAUAUUCUCUUUAUUCAAUGUACUCAAUUCUCUCCGCAAAGUGUUAUGCUAGAAGACUUGUCCAACUAAAUAUCUAAAAGAUUGAGCGCAUAUAUUCUGUGAGCGUGCCUCUGAAGCUGCCUUGAUGUAUUUUCUCACACUCCAGAGCCGACAAACGAGUGAGGAACGCCAGCGGGCUGAUGGGGACCAGAGAAAAGCUAACUCGACAAAGGGUACUAAAGCUGGGAAAAAAUAAUACUGAAGAAAUAUAAAAUGAAGGAAGAAAAAUUAAGAAGGUUUUCGUCUCAGAGCAGCAUCUUCACUUGCUUUUCAUUUCUUUUUUUCAGAAGUUAUGUUCUAACGGUAGAAUCUUUAUGAAUUUAGGAAGGCUUAAAAUAGAUUUCUGCUUAUUUGUUGUAUAAUAAAUAUGGCUUGUAAUUUAUUUUUAAGGAUCAUAAUAUCAUAAUAUCUUAAUAAAUCUUUGGAAAUUCUUAAAA